UCUUGCUUUUCAAGCUCGCUAUCCCAAUGCAAUGACAACAAAGUGGUCGAGCAGCUGCUUUGGCGCUGUCUCGGGUGCAUCGAGAGCACAACAUAUCUACAAAUUGGCCAGACCCGCAGUCAGCAUCAGGCGAUAUGCCACCAAAAGCACCGACCAGGAAAGCGACAUCGAUCGACACGAGAGAGCUGCGCUGGUGGAGAUACAGGGCCUCCGCAAGGGCGACCUCAUCAAUCCUCCGCGGUCCACGAGACCUCCUCCGCUGAAACUACCGGAACGCGGCGAUGCCAAUGUCGCGCUGUACUACAUCCGCAUUGGAAGAUCGUAUGGCUCGUUCUACUGGCGAGGUGUUAAGGCGGUGUGGUUCAAUCACAAAGCUGCAAAACUCUUGAAGCAGCAGGUGCAGAAGAACGGCGGCUCUGCAGCGCCAGAAAAGUCAUCCGACGUGGCGAGCCUGUUGACGAGAUCGCAAUUCCAGCUGCUCGAGAGGAAUAGCUACGAUAUCGGAAAGUUGCCUUUCUUCGGUCUCCUGGUUGCAGUCUUCGGCGAGUGGUUGCCGCUGGUCGUGCCUUUCAUCCCGAGCGCUGUGCCGGGGACAUGCAGGAUUCCCAAACAGAUCGCCGAUAUGAGGAAGAAGGCAGAAGAGAGGAGGAGAAUCAGCUUCAGGGCAGCCAUAGAGGAGCCCAGAGCAGAGCAGCUCAUUGGAGACAAGGAUUCCACAGAGAAGAAGCUGUGGGGAACAGCACACAACGAAUAUGCGAAUGCACUACUGGGCCACUUGCGCACCGACCAGCUGCUGCAUCUCUCGUCCACUCUGAAUCUGCACAAUCGCAUGUGGGAUCGCUUCCAGCUCGCGCCGCCGUCAUUCUUGCUGCGAAGGAAGGUGACGAAGCACCUUACGUACUUGGCUCGCGACGACCAGCUGUUGCUGAAGCAGCCAUCGGCCGUGAAGUCCUUGGAAUCUGAAGAGGUGCAGAUCGCAUGUGACGAGCGUGGCCUGGAUGUGCUUGGCAAACGUGAAGAUACUCUGCGUGAGACCCUUCACACUUGGCUUGAACAUCAGAAGAAGGAUCAGGGUCGGGGCACAGCUAUUCUGAAGAUGCUGUUCAGGAGACCAAACGCAUGGAACACGAAACAGGGCUCGUGAUUGCGUUGCAUAGAUGUACAUUAUGCUGCAGGCAACGGCAGUGUAGGAUAGAUACCCAGCACAUGAGGAUUGUACAGAAGACCAUACUGUAAAACAGCAAUGUGGUAGUGGCUCAGGAAAGCUAGGCGGAGUGCAGGGCCCAGUUGUAACGUUAGGGAAUAGGAGGUAAGACGAUUCAGAUCGAGAUAACUCACACGGAGCUCAACAGUCAAUCUCCUAGCUCACGAGGCGCCGACACUGCAAGGUGUGAACACCUCCAUCUCGACAGGAUUAGACGGCGACGACGCACGACGUCCUUUGGGCCCUGAGUACGGCACACAAGGUCCCAGAUGUGUCUUCAAGAGCUGAGUUGACGUUUGAUCGGAGCAGAAUAGAAACAAACAUGGUAUCAACGCAGCUACGAAGGAACUCUCAGA